GUAGACUUCUACAACACAGCCACCAUCAUGCCUAUAGAUAGGAGCUAAUUGAGGAGUGCUGGUACAACUCUAUGGGGUCCAUCAUGAGUGACAGAUGGGACUCAAACUCUUCAGAAAACUGGCAUGACAUUUGGAGUGUCAAUGACACAAAGUAUCCCCUAUACUCAGAUAUCAAUAUCACCUAUGUGAACUACUAUCUUCACCAGCCUCCAGUGGCAGCAAUCUUCAUUAUUUCCUACUUUCUCAUCUUCGUCCUGUGCAUGGUGGGAAAUACAGUGGUUGGUUUUACUGUGAUGAGGAAAAAACAUAUGCACACCGUCACUAAUCUCUUUAUCCUGAACCUGGCAAUAAGUGAUUUACUGGUUGGCAUAUUUUGCAUGCCUAUCACGCUGCUGGACAAUAUUAUAGCAGGAUGGCCCUUUGGAAGUGCAAUGUGCAAGAUCAGUGGAUUCAUCCAAGGAAUAUCAGUUGCAGCUUCAGUCUUUACUUUAGUUGCCAUAGCUGUGGAUAGGUUCCAGUGUAUUGUCUACCCUUUUAAACCAAAACUCACAAUCAAGGCAGCAUUUGUGAUUAUUGUGGUCAUUUGGGUCCUGGCCAUUGCCAUUAUGUCCCCAUCUGCAAUAAUGUUACAUGUAGAAGAAGAAAAAUAUUACCAAGUGAGACUCAACUCCCAGAAUAAAACCAGUCCAGUCUACUGGUGCCGGGAAGACUGGCCAAAUCAGGAAAUGAGGAAGAUCUAUACCACUGUGCUAUUUGCCAAUAUCUACCUGGUUCCCCUGUCCCUCAUUGUCAUCAUGUAUGGAAGGAUUGGAAUUUCACUCUUCAAGAUGACAGUACCCCACACAGGCAAGCAGAAGCAGGAACAAUGGCACACGGUGUCCAAGAAGAAGCAGAAGGUCAUUAAGAUGCUCCUGAUCGUAGCCCUGCUUUUUAUUCUCUCCUGGUUGCCUCUUUGGACACUGAUGCUGCUCUCAGACUACGCUGACCUGUCUCCAAAUGAGCUGCGAGUCAUCAACAUCUACAUCUACCCUUUUGCACACUGGCUGGCCUUUUGCAACAGCAGUGUCAAUCCCAUCAUUUAUGGUUUCUUCAAUGAGAAUUUUCACCGUGCUUUCCAAGAUGCUUUUCACCUCCAGCUCUGCCAAAAAAGAGCAAAUCCCAAGGAAACCUACACUGUAAGAGCUAAAGACAAUGUGAUCAUAAAUACAUCUCAUCAGUUAGCCCAGGAACUUACCAUUCAAAAGUCACAUGAGGAAAAUUUGCCUUGUAGGAGAAGUACUGAAAAACCCAAACAAGAAUUGAUGAUGGAAGAAUUAGGGAAAGCUACUCACAACAAUGAGAUUUUAAAAGAGCUGGUAUGAUGAUUUUAACUAUACUCUGUGUUAUAUAUAGAAAUACUCUUGCUUUCUAUAGCUUUGUAUUUCAGUUCCUUCUGAGAAUGUUCUAAAGAAAACAUGCACUGAAACCCUCUCUGGACAGAAGUGGAAAAAGCAGUCUUAUGUUCAUAUUCAAUCUUACAUUAUACAAACUCUAUAGUGACUCACAUACGAAUUUGCCUAGAUGAAUCCAUUUUCUAGGAACAAUUUUCAAAGCUUGACCUUUUCCAUUUUAGCCAUUUGUAUAUGAGUCAAGCAUGUGCAUUAUGGGUGUACCACUAAAGACAACACACUCCCAUUUUCCCCAAAUGGUGAUAAA